AUGGCUUGGACCCCUCGAAGCGAACCGGAUGAUCCGGUUGAUGGUUUUAAGAUCGAACUCGAUGAGUUGGACCUGUUAGCGAGGACGGUGUGGGAAGGGUAUAUGGAUGUUCUGAAUGCUGCAAGGAAACCUCCGUAUGGUUACGGUGAUGGCACGACGAGAGUUCAUAGAUUCACAAGACUUGUUAAAA